AGUGGUGCAGCACAACUCUGUCGGUGGAGCAGAGGGUCCUGAUGGCGCUCAUAUUCUAUGCAACAGGAGCAUUCCUGGACAACAUCGCCAGUGAUGAAUUCAUCGCCACUACAAAGCGCCCGGUCUCCGAGGGUAUCCAUGCUGUCAGCCUAGCCAUAAUAAAAAAUUUGGGACCGAGAUAUCUGAAGUUCCCGGCAUCCACAGAAGAGAAGGUAGCCAUCAAACGGGACUUCUACGCCAUAGCAGGGAUACCCGGAUGCCUUGGUGCAAUUGACGGUACUGCAAUAGCCGUCAUCGCCCCGAGUCGCAGUGACCCCCGCUUUGUUGAUGGGAAUUAUUAUUCCCACAAGGGAUACCAUGCCCUCAACGUGCUAGGGAUCUGUGCUGCCAAUCGCAUAUUUCUCCACAUUGACGCCACGUACCCAGGGAGCUGCCACGACUCCUCGGUGUGGAGCAUGUGCGAAGUCCGUCUGCGAGCACCGACGACAUUUGCAGAGGGCGAGUGUUAUGGGUGGUUUGCUGGGCGGAGAUCUGGGGUACCCUCUUGAACCGUGGCUCUUGACUCCUGUUCGUUCUCCUGCAACACAGAAGGACCAGGCAUACAACAAAGCCCACUGACCCGGGUUCGAAUUGAACAGUGUUUUGGAGUUUUAAAGAUGCGCUUCCGCUGUCUGCAUCGCUACAGGACCUUGCACUUUGCACCUGACAGGGCAUGCAAUAUUAUCACUGCAUGUGCAGUUUUGCAUAAUAUGUGCAUUGACUACAAUUUGCAAGACCCUGAACACGAAGAUGAAGGCUCCGGUCCCGAUCCUCCUGCUGCUCCCGAGGAUGAAUGGGAUGAUGUAGAGAGCAGUGCAUCACAGGCACUGCUCAGGCAGUGCACCGCAGGCAACAAGUUAUUAACAGAUAUUUUUAAAUGUGUAUGGCAUAAAAGUACAGGGACCAGAUAAUUUCUAAUUCGUACAUUCUAAUUUAAAGGACUUUGUGACAUUUUAUUUAGGAUUGAUUUCCACCAAAACCAUGGUGCAACCAAGGUGUCUACCAAAUUGCAGCCUUCAAAUUGCCUGACAUUUUCACGUUUUCACCUCCCCUUUCAAGGAAAAUCCUGACCAAAACAAAAGGGAACUUAUCCCGCUUUUACUAUUCUUGCUGCAAUGACAUCUACAUACCAGUAUGUACCUGCCAAAGAAAAUUUAGGACCGUAUUGCAAUUUAUUGGCAUGCUACAGGAGGGUAAGGAACGGGAAAUGCAUGUGCGUCAAUGUGACAGACAAUCAAAUCAUGCGCCUUUUCUCGGUUUGAGAUUUUUCGACUGAUUUUUGCCAAUUUUCCUGAGUUUCCCAGUGACAUGAAAAUUCCCUGACAAGUCCUGCGUUUCCAGGUUGGUAGGCACCCUCAAAACACCACAAAAGCGGAUGUCAGAAAUUGAGAGUAUGCUGGGAUUGAGUAUUUGUUGUCAUUGUGUCUUCUUUUCACAGCUGCUGUAACGUACUGUAACGUAUUGUUAUAUAUGUUUUCCAUAUACUCCAAAACUUCAUAUUUUGCAAAAUAUUUUCAUUGGCUAUUGUAAAAAAAAAUAUAUUUCGCACGAAAACAGUGUCGCUUGCAAUAUUUCCCACCAGUACGUCACGGGGAGAGCUUAAUACUCAAGUAGUUGGCGUUCCUUUCAUUUUCAAUCUUGUACCUGAAGUACUCUGUCACGGCUUGAGCCAUUGGAGUGAUGAUCUGCACACAAGCGAAAGCAAACAAUCUAACAGCCCUUCCCCAUGUAAUCUUUCUUUGUAUAUGUAUGU